AUGCCCCUGCCCCUGCCCCACCCCCGCCCCCACAAGCGCCAAUCCGACUGCCCCUCCGGCUCGCAAUGGUACGUCUGCUCCGCCGGCCCCGGCUUCCGCGGCUGCUGCUCCACCGACCCAUGCAACACCGGCAUCUGCCCCGCCAGCGGCAGCGUAGUCGGGAUCGGCUCACCCUCACCCUCGCCCUCACCCACCAGCACCAGCACCCGAACCAGCACUAUCACCACCGUGAGGACUAGUACGAGCAGUGUGGGCGCUGGUAUUGUCGACACGCCUGUGGCGCGCACGUCGACGUAUUCGACGUACUCGGCGUAUGCGACGUAUCCGAGCGUUGAGGUGACGGCGCUUGCGGAGCCUUCGGCGUCGGUGAUGGUGACGGGGAGUGGGAGUGGCGGCGGGGUGGUGGUGGUGACGGAGGCGGGGGAGAGGUCGACGAUUACGUUGAAUGCGGGGACUGCGACGGUGACGGCGGGGAGUGCGACGGGGGUUGCGGAUGCGGCGGCGGGGGGGAUGGAGGAGGAGGGACGAGUGUGGCGCCGAUUGUGGGCGGGGUGGUGGGCGCGGUGGCGGUGUUGGGCAGGGUUUCUUCAGCACUCUCUUCCACGGCACGCACCCCCCGCACAGCCCCAGCACCCCCACCACAACCUUCUUCGGCCUCUUUACCAAAAAACCCCACCACCCCCCUCACCACCCUUCCUUCCCCACCUCCCCCGCCCCCGCCUCCACCGACACCAAACACACCCCCCUCCCCCCGCCGGCCUCGCCGAGCUCCCCACCCCCCUCUUCACGCACGACCGCGCCGAGCUCUCCUCCGAGGCCGUCUCCGCGCCAUCGCAGCUGUCCACGCCGCUCUACCAGAGCAGCGGGUGGGCGCCGAGUGCGGUCAGCACGUCGAGCACGGGCGCGGUGCUGUCGCCGAAGAGGGAGACGCAUUAUAGUGAUUCGAGUACCGCUGCGGGGGAUGGGGCGGGGAUGUAUGGGUCGGGGGUGCAGGUGCAGGAGUUGCCGGGGUCGCAGGGGGCGUAUGGCGGGGGUGGGGUGCAGGAGUUGCCGGCGGGGUCGGGGUCGGGGUAUGGGGGGUAUUCGCAGCAGGGGUCGUCGCAGCUGUCGUAUGCGCAGCAGCAUCAUCAACAGCAGCAACACUCGCUCGGCCCGCACGCCCACCAGCAGUUGCAUGAUCACGGCCCGCAACCACCGAGUAGUAGUGCGUCUGCGUCUGCGCCGUCGCAGCCGCAGCAACAGCAUAGUUCGGGGUUGAGAGGUGGGGGGUGGCCGGGCGCGGGGAUGGUGGCGAAUCUGAAUAAUAGUCUGAGGAGGAAGACGGGGCGGGCUCAGCAGCAGCAGCAGCAGCGGCAGCAGCAGCAGCAAGGACAGCAGGGACACGGGCAGGAGACGCAUGUGAUGAGCUGGAUGAACUAUGAGUCGGAGCCGGGGAGUGACGGGCAGGGAUCCGGAGGGGUGAUUCGGUAG